AUGUCUCGGCAUUGGUCAGACAACUCCUCAACCGUGACCGACUGCUCCGCGGUCUCUGAGUACGACGAGCAUGCCAUUGAGCUUGAAGUAGACUCUAUGUUUUCGAUGAUUCAAAAGGACAUGAAAGAAUUCAAGAAGCAGUCGGAUGAAUCGAAGACCAGACUCAAGAGACCAACAAAAGCCAAGCACAGAGCCUUUGUCGCGGUUUGCAGCCCGCACAGUGUAUCUCGCCUCUCAAAGAAAUGCCAGAGUCUUCAGAAACCAGCUUUCCACUUCUUUAGAAGGAAGCGCUCUUCUGUGGUUGUCACCACUGAUUUCGCACUCGAUUCGACCAUCCGUGACUUAGCGAAGAGCCAUGAGUGCGAUGAGCUUGUUCUUGUUGUGAGCGGCCAUAUUGAAGCCAUAGACUUCGACGUUCCGUCAAACUUUCGAGUGCUGAUGGUGCUUCGUUGUGGCUUCGGCUCCAAUGCGAAAAAGUACCUGCACCUUGACGGGUCCUCGACUUUUUGUGGCAGUAUGAUCCAGCGGUGGGCACAGAAGGAACGAAGACGCCGUUUGUUUUUGGGACCUGCGGUGCUGAUUGACAUCGACCCCGAGGAGAAGUCUUGGGCAAAUUCCGAGCAGGCGUUCAAGCAAACUCUCAGCAGCCGAGAGAAGAUAAGGAUCAGACGUCACGUGGAGAAGAUGAAGAAGACGUCUGUGGACGACGGCGAGUGGUGGAAGAGAUGGAGAGGAAGCCUUGCUUCUAUCUUGGGCAUCCUAGCUUGUGGUGCAAAACUCGCUGUCUCGAUCAAGGCCUCUGCAGGAGGUGCACUGUUUCAGUUCCAAUACGGCUUGCUCAAUAUCAAGGCUGGGGCAGCAUGUGCUGAGGCUUCGGCAUUCAUGACUGCGGCUGGCCCUGCCGUUCUCAUUGGUGUUGGGGUUGCUGCAGCAGUAUACUACGUGCCCUGGGACUCGAUCCUCGAAUGGCUUGGGGGUAUUCUAUCUUGGCUCUCAGACGGUUUCAUAGCGAUCUGGGAGAUGUUCAAGGAUUGGAUGGCCAGCGGGAACCAGAGUCACAAUAACUAUCAAAGACGCCGGGAGAGAAAGGGGAACGCUAGAGUACCGAGACCGAUGGAUUUCUCCUUCUAA